AUGGUUUUGUGGGGCUGUAUCAUAGACUUGUUUACCUAUGAGUCCACCAGGUUUGUGGUGGUCAAGAACUGGUCAGUGGGAAUUAUCAACCGGAUUGUUCAAGUGGCCAUUAUCGCCUAUUUUGUUGGCUAUGUCUUCAUCCAUGAGAAAGCGUACCAGACGAAAGACACAGGCAUAGAGUCUUCAGUCAUGACCAAAGUCAAAGGGUUUGGACGACACAAUGGUCAAAUUAUGGAUGUUGCCGACUCUGUGUUUCCUCCAGAGGGUACAAAUGUGUUCUGUAUAAUGACCAGACUUUAUGUCACAGAGAAUCAGUUCCAAGGAAGAUGCCCAGAUGAUUCAUGGCCGUUCACUUGUAAAAGGGAUGAUGACUGUAAGAAGUACUAUGGAUCUUUCUCACCCAGUGGUGUCAUCACAGGCAAAUGUCUCAAAGAGGACAACGAAAGCCCGGGAGUCUGUGAGGUGGAAGGCUGGUGUCCGUCUGAAAAUGAAGCUAUUCCAACGGAACCCAUGGCUGACAUCAGAAACUUCACCAUCUUCAUCAAGAACAUUAUCAAUUUUCCUCUUUUUGACAUCACCAGGUAUUGUCGCUCUAAGAAGCCGCUUGCUGGACGCCUCUGUUUUAACACAAAUUUUAUGUUUUUCAGAGGAGUAGUAAACAAGCCUAAUGUGCCCUCGCGCAGUUGUCAGUGUCACAAUGACAAAGAUGGAGGACACAUUGGAAUAAAAAUUGAGUGGAAGUGUAAUCUGGACAUUGAUCUUGACUACUGCGUCCCACACUAUUUUUUCACAAGACUUGACAAUAAGAAUGCCAUAUUUAAUGGGUACAACUUCAGAUUUGCCAGAUAUUAUAAAUCUGACAAUGGCACAGAGUACCGGACCCUCUAUAAAGUGGUUGCGAUCCGUUUUGAUGUCAAAGUCACUGGAAAUGCAGGAAAGUUCAACAUGGUUCCAACGCUCAUAAAUGUGGUGGCUGCUUUGACAUGUCUUGGACUGGGUACAGUUCUUUGUGAUAUUAUUUUGCUGAAAUUUCUGAAAGGAGCUGAACAAUACAAAGCCAAAAAAUUUGAAGAGGUUUCACCAGCUCAAAUUGAAGCAUCUUUGACGCCCAGUCCUGACAGCCGACUGUCACUCAAACCAGGAACCAAGAGCUCGUUAGACUCUGGAAUGCCUUCACUUUAAUUUUCAGACCAACAUGUGUGACUGCUUCACUCAU